AUGUGGGAAUUAGUUGUUGGUGAAGAGGAAGGACCUGGACAAAACAAUGGAGGUCCAAAUCAGGCUGAGAUUCCAAUCAGAGCACAUGCAAUUCCUACACUUAACAAUCUGCAUUCUGGAAUCGUUCAACCUGAUGUAGUAGCAGAGAAUUUUGAGCUGAAGCCAGAGAUGUUUCACAUGCUACAGACCAUUGGUCAAUUCAAUGGACUGCCUAGUGAAGAUCCUAACCUUCACCUCCAAAAUUUUAUUGAUGUAGCAGACACCUUCAAAAUAAGAGGAGUUACAUCUGAUGCGCUAAAGAUGAAGCUGUUCCCAUAUUCCCUCACCAACAAAGCUAAAGCAUGGUUGAAUUCAUUACAACCACAGUUAAUCCGAAGUUGGGAAGAGUUGGCUGACAAGUUUUUAUUGAAGUUCUUCCCUCCUAUGAAGGCAGCACAAUACAGGAAUGAUAUAUCAACCUUCAAGCAAUUUCAAGACGAAUCAUUUUACGAAGCUUGGGAGAAAUUCAAAGAUCUGUUAAGGAAGUGUCCAAAUCAUGGCAUUCCCGAAUGGAUUCAAAUGGAGACAUUCUAUAAUGGGCUCAAUGGACCAACAAAAGGCAUGGUUGAUGCAUCAUCUGGAGGAGCCAUAUUAGAAAAAACAUAUACAGAAGCAUAUGCAAUAUUGGAGAGGAUGGAAGUUAACAACUAUCAAUGGCCCGUAGAAAGAUCAAGUUUAAUACAAAAAAAAGAUGCUGGAGUUUGGGAACUGGAUGCUGUAUCAGCACUGUCAGCACAGAUUUCAGCUCUUAACAACUCUAUCAAGACGAUGAGUCUGUCUGCUGAAGCUAAACCAGUCAAUGCCCUCACUGAUGUUAUAUCAUGUGUUUUCUGUAAUAGUCCCCAUAUCUAUGAUAACUGUCCACAAAACCCUCAAUCUGUUUGUUUUAUAGGAAAUUUCAACAGGAACAACAAUCCAUAUUCAAAUACUUAUAAUCCCGGAUGGAGGAAUCACCCGAAUCUUUCCUAUUCACAAGGACAGCAUCAUGGACAGCAGCAAGGACAACAACAAUCGUCCUCAGACACAGCAGGAAGGUCGUAUAAAGGUCCAUAUCCUCCCGGAUUCACGUAG